GUCAUUGUUAUUUCUCUACAGUCAGCCUACAUGUCUAGCACAGUCCUCAAGGAUACGAUCAUAGACAAACCCAUCAAUGGCAUGGUUUCUGAUGCUGCCCAUGGCUGGUGGAGAAAACGAACGUCUCUUCUCAUUGCAACCUCGACUUACUCAACAAUAUUGAUGUGCUGGGUUCCCACACUAUUCUCAUAUUAA